AUGACUACACUGACAUUACUUCGCGAUGGUGAUGCCGAGAACACGGCCAUCUCUCUCGACAUAUCCCAUACCAUUGCUGACAUUGACCCCUUGAUCUAUGGCGGAUUCACAGAACAUAUGGGACGCUGCAUUUAUGGCGGACUAUAUGAACCUGAAAAUGAACACGGACUCUCAGACUCAAGGGGUUUCCGUAAGGAUGUAAUUGAGUGCUUCAAAGAGCUUGAUGUGCCGGUUGUUCGGUACCCUGGGGGCAAUUUUGUUGCCACUUACCGUUGGCAAGACGGAGUUGGCCCCAAAGAACUCCGGCCUCACAGACCUGAACUUGCCUGGAAUGGCGUUGAGACCAAUCAAUUCGGGACGGAUGAGUUCAUGGCAUGGGCUAAAGAGGUCGGUACCGAGCCAUAUCUUUGCCUGAACAUGGGAACGGGAACGCUCGAAGAUGCUCUCGCCUGGCUCGAGUACUGCAACAGCGAUAAGAACACUUAUUAUGCAAAUCUGAGACGCAAGAAUGGCCAUGACGCGCCGUACGGAGUCAAAUAUUGGGCGCUUGGCAACGAGAUGUGGGGUCCAUGGCAAGUUGAGCAGCAUACCAAGGAAGAUUACGCCAAAAAGGCAGUUCAAUGGGCCAAGGCACUUAAACUGCAAGAUCCCUCAAUUCAGCUCAUACUCUGCGGUCGGGAUGGAUGCUCCGACUGGGAUCGAUAUGUCCUACAAGAAUGCAUCCGCUGGGUUGACAUGCACUCUAUUCACUACUACUCCCAGGGAAAAUCGCACUACCAAAAUGUUACCAGCCCUUAUGCUGCAGAGCGCGCUAUCCAGGUAACCUCCGCGCUGAUUGAUUUAGCUCGCUGUGAGAUUGAUCUGUCACCGUUUCCCGACGUCGGAAGGAUCACCACGGGACCAAGAUCGAGUCACCGACCCAAGAUUUGCUUCGAUGAAUGGAAUAUAUGGGACCCGGAAAGGGCGCCUGGUGAUAAGGGCGCCGAGCAAGAGUACACUCUUUCUGAUGGGCUUGCCAUGGCUGUUUGGCUUAACAUCUUUAUUCGAAACUCCAAGGACCUAGGCAUGGCUACGGUCGCGCAAAGCGUCAACGUCAUCUCGCCUUUGAUGACUUCACCCACAGGUUUAUUUAAGCAGCCAACCUACUGGCCGCUCCUACUAUUUUCCAAGUACAUGAGGGGCAAGAGUAUCGCUGUACACGUCCGGUGCACUGCAUACCAGGGGAAAACGAGCCCUGAGUGGCUACAGAGCACUUGCGAUAUCCCUAAGCUGGAUGUCAGCGCUGCUAUUGAUGGAGAAUGGAUCAAUCUUGCAGUUGUGAACGUUGACGAUGAAAAGAGCUACAAGACGACUAUCGGUGGCGCCCCGUCAUUCCCUUCAUCGGUGAAUAUUUUUCGAAUGGGGGUAACGAAUGCUCUUUAA